AACCCUUGCUCGGCGCGGGCGCCAGGUGAUCGCUUUUUCCGCAGCCACUGAAGUCGGGCCGUCGUCGCUGUGGGCAGUUCUCAGUCUCGCCGCCCGUGUCUGCGCCGCCUCGCGAGAAACUAGUCUUAUUCCCGGCUCAGGGUGUGACAGCUCCCGCUUACUUCUUCAGUCACAACACGGACAGUAAAAGAUGCCUGCCACACAGAAGCCGAUGAGGUACGGCCACACUGAAGGACACACGGAUGUCUGUUUUGAUGAAUCCGGGAGUUAUAUUGUAACAUGUGGAAGUGAUGGUGAUGUGAGAAUUUGGGAAAACUUGGAUGAUGAUGACCCUAAGUCCAUUAAUGUUGGAGAAAAGGCAUAUUCAUGUGCUUUGAAGAAUGGAAAAUUGGUUACUGCAGUAUCUAACAAUACUAUUCAAGUACACACAUUUCCUGAAGGAGUUCCAGAUGGCUUAUUGACUCGCUUCACCACAAAUGCAAACCAUGUUGUCUAUAACGGAGAUGGUACAAAAAUUGCUGCUGGAUCUAGUGAUUUUCUUGUCAAAGUUGUGGAUGUGAUGGAUUGCAGUCAGCAGAAAACAUUUCGAGGACAUGAUGCUCCUGUUUUAAGUCUUUCCUUUGAUCCUAAAGACAUUUUUCUGGCAUCAGCUAGUUGUGAUGGAUCUGUUCGAGUGUGGCAAACUUUAGAUCAGACAUGUGCUAUUAGUUGGCCAUUGCUACAAAAAUGCAAUGAUGUGGUAAAUGCAAAAUCAAUCUGUAGACUUGCUUGGCAGCCAAAAAGUGGGAAGUUACUUGCAGUUCCUGUGGAAAAAUCUGUUAAGCUGUAUAGAAGAGAAACUUGGAGUAAUCAAUUUGAUCUUUCAGAUAAUUUUAUUUCUCAGGCCCUGAAUAUAGUUACCUGGUCUCCUUGUGGGAAAUAUUUAGCUGCCGGGAGUAUUAAUGGUUUAAUUAUAGUUUGGAAUGUGGAAACCAGAGAUUGCUUGGAAAGGGUAAAACAUGAGAAAGGUUAUGCAAUUUGUGGUCUGGCUUGGCAUCCUACUUGUGAUCAGAUAGCUUAUACAGAUGCAGAAGGAAAUUUAGGACUCUUGGAGAAUGUUUGUGACUUCAGUGGAAAAACAGCAAACAGUGAGGUAUCUAACAGAGUAGAAAAGGAUUACAAUGACCUUUUUGAUGGAGAUGAUUCAAGUAAUGCUGGUGAUUUUCUUAAUGACAAUACAAUCAAGACCCCCUCUUUUUCAAAAGGGAUUAUAAAUGAUGAGGAUGACGAUGACCUCAUGAAGACGUCAGGACGUCUUAGACAACGAAGUCACAUAUUAGAAGAUGAUGAAAACUCAGUUGAUCUUACAAUGCUAAAAACAGGUUCAAAACUCAGAGGAGAGGAAGAAGAUGAUCAGGCAGCUACCAUUCACAGUCUACCACUUGUAACAUCUCAAAGGCCAUUUUAUGAUGGGCCUAUGCCAACUCCUCGGCAAAAACCGUUUCAGUCAGGUUCUACACCCUUGCAUCUCACUCACAGAUUCAUGGUAUGGAACUCUAUUGGAAUAAUUCGCUGCUAUAAUGAUGAACAAGACAAUGCAAUAGAUGUGGAGUUCCAUGAUACUUCCAUACAUCAUUCAACUCACUUAUCAAACACUAUGAAUUAUACAGUAGCAGAUCUUUCUCAUGAAGCUAUUUUGUUUGGCUGUGAAAGUACUGAUGAACAAGCAAGCAAGCUUCACUGCCUGCACUUUAGCUCUUGGGAUUCAAGCAAGGAGUGGAUAGUAGAUAUGCCUCAGAAUGAAGAUAUAGAAGCCAUAUGCCUUGGCCAGGGUUGGGCUGCUGCUGCAACGAAUGCCUUGCUCCUUCGAUUGUUUACUAUUGGAGGUGUUCAGAAAGAGAUCUUCAGUCUUCCUGGGUCUGUGGUGUCAAUGGCAGGACAUGGAGAACAGCUUCUCAUUGUUUAUCACAGAGGUACAGGAUUUGAUGGAGAUCAGUGCCUUGGAGUUCAACUGCUAGAGCUGGGGAAAAAGAAAAAGCAAAUUUUGCAUGGUGAUCCUCUCCCUCUUACAAGAAAAUCCUACCUUGUUUGGCUUGGAUUUUCAGCUGAAGGUACCCCCUGCUAUGUGGAUUCAGAGGGCAUUGUUCGAAUGCUUAAUAGAGGGCUUGGUAACACAUGGACCCCUGUAUGUAAUACAAGAGAACACUGCAAAGGAAAAUCUGAUCACUAUUGGGUAGUUGGAAUCCAUGAAAAUCCCCAGCAGUUAAGGUGCAUUCCCUGUAAAGGCUCUCGGUUUCCUCCAACCCUUCCACGCCCUGCUGUAGCUAUAUUAUCUUUUCAGCUUCCUUACUGUCAGAUCUCCACAGAGAAAGGACAAAUGGAGGAACAGUUUUGGCAUUCAGUUAUGUUUCACAACUACCUUGAUUAUUUAGCUAAGAAUGGUUAUGAAUAUGAUGAAAGCAUUAAAAAUAAAGCAGUAAGAGAACAGCAGGAACUCUUAAUGAAAAUGCUCGCGCUUUCUUGCAAACUGGAACGGGAAUUUCGUUGUGUGGAACUUGCUGAUCUAAUGACUCAAAAUGCUGUGCAUUUGGCAAUUAAAUAUGCUUCCCGUUCUCGAAAACUAAUAUUGGCCCAAAGGCUUAGUGAACUAGCUGUAGAAAAGGCUGCAGAGUUGGCAGCAACUCAGGUGGAAGAGGAAGAAGAAGAGGAUUUCAGAAAAAAACUGAAUGCUGGGUACAGUAAUACUACCACAGAGUGGAGUCAGCCACAGCUCAGGAGCCAAGUGGAAGAUGAUGAUGCUGAAGAAGUCAGAGAAGCUGAUGAUACAGAAGAAAAACCUGAACCACACAAGCAUGGACAGAAUCCAUUUUCCAAAAGUAAAAGUUCCUCAGAAUUGCAAGCUGUUAAGUCAGGUGCAGUUACCUGUAGCAGCCAAGGACGAGUGAAUCCCUUCAAGGUAUCAGUUAGUCCCAAAGAGCCAGCCAUUCCAGCAAGUUCAGUACGAUCAACUAAUAUUUUAGACAAUAUAAACAAAUCAUUCAAGAAAUCCAGUGCACUUAAUCGAGCCACAAGUACUGAAAAGUCUCCAGUUAUCAAGCCUUUAAUUCCAAAGCCAAAGUCUAAACAGGUAUCUGCGGCAUCAUACUUCCAAAAAAAGACUUCCCAAAUUGAUAAGACUGAGGAGAUGAGAGAAGAAAUCACUAAAAAUUCAUCACCUGAAAACCCAGUUACGUGUUCACAAAACACUGAAAACCAGAGGCCAAAAACGGGGUUCCAGAUGUGGCUGGAAGAAAACAGAAGUAGUAUUUUGUCUGACAAUCCAGACUUUUCAGAUGAAGCAGACAUAAUUAAGGAAGGAAUGACUAGAUUUAGAGUAUUAACAGCAGGAGAAAGGAAGGCAUGGGCCACUAAGGCCAAAGGAGAAACUGCAGAUGAUGGAACUGAAACGAAGAAGCGGAAAUGGAUAGUUUCUGAAAGUCAUGAAACUGAAGACCAGAAAGAAAAGGAAAAGGAGAAUCUGAAUUUGCCUAAAAAGCAAAAACCAUUAGAUCUUUCUGUGAAUCAGAAGCUGUCAGCUUUUGCCUUUAAACAGGAAUAAAGGAAGAAAAUGACCUUAGGAAAGUGAUAGCAUUAGAUUUAUUUUUACCAUCUUUGAAUCUGCCAUAUUUUUUUAAAUGAGUUUGAGGGCCACAAGUGGCAGCGUUCAGGGAUUAUUCCCAGCUCAGUACUCCAAAGUGGUAAUUCUCCAGUGGUGCCAGGAUUGGGCCUGAGCCUCCUGCAUGCAGGGCAUCACUUACCCUUCUGAGCUCACUCUUGGGUUGUUGUUAUUGUUGUUGUUGUUGUUGUUAGCAGUCUUAGUGUAUUUUAAAAAUAAUUUUGAGGCAGUUAUUUGUCUGUCUAAUAUAUUAAGUAUAUUGGCAUAGGUAACAGCAUGUGAAAAAAGUAUCCCCACUGCAGAUUGCUCUACCCCUAACAUAGAGCACCAUUCAGACUCCAGAAGAAUUAACUUUAGGUCACUAAGUUUAGGUUUCUAGUAAGAAAGUUCAGUGUGACUUCUCUCUUACCACCAGAGACAAGGCCUUACACCUCUGGACAUUGAGUGACCUGGGGUGGGGGGAUGCUUUAUUUGCUGUCACAUUCUGGAAAGUACUUUAGUAGUCCUUUUUCCCAAGUCUGCUGCUUCAGAGUCCUCUGUCGAAACGUGUCCUAGAGGACUGUGUUUUUAAUAGGGGUGCAAAGCAUAUAAAUAAUUUUGUAGAUGAAUCUUUUGUAUGUUUUAAAAUUCAUAAAAUUACUUACAAUUACCUAUUUGUAUAGCCUAUUGUUUUUUUAAUAAAACUUUUUAACAUUUUCAAAUUUAGUUUGACAUUGUAUCUCCAUGAAGUAGAACAGUAAUCUAGAAGAUGUAUAUUGCCAGAAUUUGCUCAUCCACUCUUUUCUGCAUAUAUAUAUCACACACAGAAGUUGAAGGUAGUAUUUUGAUGGCAUUAGAGCCUGUAAAGAAUAUACUCUCGGUAAAGCAUUCUGCUUGUCUGCAUCAGCAGAACUUUGUGAACAGGUCUUUGAAAGUCUUGACAAGAGAAUAGUUGAAGACUUAGGGGAAAUAUUUUAAUUACCUUUUCGUUUCAAAUGAACGAAACUAAAUUUAAGUAUUUCAUUCAUUUGGGGCUGUUUUCUAGGUAGGCCUUAAGAAAAGUUCAAGGGUCAGGGAGGGGAGUAAGGCAGUAAAAUAAUAUUAAGUGGCUCAGAAUUGAGGAUAGUCUUUUAGGAAAGAAGAACCAAAGUACUCUGAAAAUUUAGACAUAUUGAAGUCAGUACCUUUUUAAUUGCAGAAUGAUUAAGGUUAAGAAAGAAUACUGCUUUCUUAGGUAUAGUAGAAAUGACACCUGCAUGUGUAUGUUCAUUGCAGCACUGUUUACAAUAGCCAAAAUCUGGAAAAAACCAGAGUACCCAAAAACAGAUGACUGGUUAAAGAAACUUUGGUACAUCUACACAAUGGAAUACUGUGCAGCUGUUAGAAAAGAUGAUGUCAUGAACUUUGCAUAUAAGUGGAUCAACAUGGAAAGUAUCAUCUUAAGUGAAAUGAAUCAAAAAGAGAGAGACAGACAUAGAAAGAUGGCACUCACCCAUAGAAUAUAAAGUAACAGAAUGGGAGACUAACACCCAAGAGUAGUAGAGAUAAGGACCAGGAGGUCUGCCCCACAGCUCGGAAACUGGCCUCACAUGCUGGGGGAAAAGGAAGUUGAGAGAGAGAAGGGAACACCAAGUAGAGGAUCUUGGGAGAACCAUUCGGGUUGAAAGAUGCAUGCUGAAAGUAGACUAUAGACCGAGCAUGGUGGCCACUCAAUAUCUCUAUUGCAAACUACAACACCCAAAAGGAGAGAAAGCGAAAGGGAAUGC